AAAAUUCCAAAUUCCUAUAUUUAUUAUUGUUCAUAUUUGAUAAUUAUGUUGAUUAUGAUUUUGUUCAUUUAGUCAGCAAAUUUUGAUGAAAAAAAAUGGUUUAUAGUAAAGAACAUAAAAUAGUCUUGCAAAGUAUUAUGCAUGAAGGUGCUUUACUAGAAAAUCGUGUAAAAGAAUUAAUUUCAAAAUUAUUUGGUCACGAGAAUACAGCACAAGUAUUAAAUGAAAUAAAUGCGAAAUUACAACCAUUAUACAUGAUCGUAAAAUGUAUAAAUUGCGAAGUUACCGGUCACUCGUAUUGGGUUUGGGCAAGUACAGUGCAAGAUAAAACCGCCAGAUUUCAUCCUGAAUUCUCGCAAGCUGAAUUAGCUCUGUUGCGUAAUGUAUAUUCUGAAAUUGUUACUUCAAACAAUGGUCAUGUAUCAAGUACAUGGUGUCUUAAUUUAUGUUCGACAUUAAAUGUAAAACUAACUAAAGCUAGUGCCGAAGAAUUCCUAUACGAGAUGGUUAAUAAGAAAUGGUUAGCAUGCAAGAGUGGUAAAUAUUAUAUGGGAGUAAGAAGCAUAGUUGAAUUACUACAAUAUUUGAAAGACACAUAUCAAGAUAAUCUUCAUAUUUGUACUUUAUGCAAAGAAGUGCUUUUUUAUGGUGAGAAAUGUGAGCAAUGUAAUACUACAACACACAUUCAUUGUUUGAAGAAUUAUGCCAUGACCCGUGGUGGUUUGGAAUGUCCUAAUUGUCAUUAUCCUAUAUCACAACAUGAUCAUUCUAGUAAUGAUAACAAUUCUGCAAUGGAUAUUGACGAGAUAGAUGUUGAAACCGAUGAAGUAACACAACCUAGCUUAAGAAGAUCAAAAAGAAAACAUAAAGAUUGAUAAGAAAGAUACUUUUUAAUUCAUUACAAUAAACACUUUA